UGUUCUGCUCCAGUAAGUGGAGCGCCACACUACCGACUGACCAUGCAAGCGUCUUUCUACCCCUUCCUCCUGAUUGCCUUACAUGUGUCCGUGCCGGUGGAUUGUAAAUGGAGGUUCCAGGAGCUUCAUAAGAACAGUUUAAGAUCUAGGAGGCCUGCAGAUACACCAGUCAGGACACAUCACUACAGUGCUGGUUUCACAAAGAAACAUUUUCUUGGGGACUUUCUAGUUAUUUUGCCUGUAAGGACAAACGGGAGCGAUGUUGUGUCCAUAUUUGACUUGAGAAGAAAACGGUUUGUGUGUAUGGACUCAAAGGGAGAUCUGUACAACUCAAGACAAAAAGAAAGCAAGGAUUGUCUCUUCUACCGCAUUGACUUUUACUCUGCUCCAAGCGGAAGUCAGCUCCCAAUUUCUUCCCUGGAGUCAUCUCACCCAUCCUUUCUAAAGCGCUUCCUAGCUCCCUUGGUGACGAGGCAGAGGAGGAGCGAGGAGGUGAACCCGUCGGAUCCAUUAAGAUCAGAGUCCGAUCCCUUAAGAUCUGAGAUACAUCCCACCCAUUCCGUCCAGGACCACAAAGAGUCCGAUCACUUGCAGCCCGAACAGCCGGACCAGGCUGGAGCUGUGUCAAAGGAGACCAUCUCUUCCUGUGAUGACCCCUUAAAGGUUUUACAUGCUAACGGGCCAGUGAGCCCAGUCAAGACAAUUAUAGAAGACCAAGCUGAGCAAGAAUGAAAUGAUGAACAUGGACUUUUUAUAAGUGAAAUAGCAUACAAUGGAACCUCCAAGCUUGAACAUAAUUCCGACCUUUGAUUUGUUUGGAUUGUUAAUGUAUUUUCCCCAUAGGAAAUAAUAGAAAUGGAAUCAAUCUGUUCUAAAGGCACAGAGUCCCCAUUAGGGAUCGGUACCGAAUUUGGUACCUGACCCAAAUUCCGUCGGUACUACCGGGUAACAAUUCACCUGAAAUAAUAACAGCGCAACUAUAUAGCAGAUACUUUUGUAGCACAUGACGUCACGUUUUCAGACUCGACACCAACUCGAGCGCUUGCUGGGGAAGCAAGCACUCAAGCACUCAGAGCAAACUCAGCUAGGCUACCUCUAGGUAAUGUUAACAUUUUCAAUGCCAUUAAAGGAAGCAUGUCUAAUAGAAAACGCUCAGAUGCACUGUAAAACUCUACUUUUCUAAAUGUGCAAGCUAAAAGCUAACUUACUUUGGUAUGCCACAUACUGUAAUGUAUAUGCGACUGAUUAGCACUAACAAUUGUACAUGGCGAUUUCAACACCUCCGAAUGUGGUAAUAAAAACUACGAGAUGCACGUUACAAUUAAACAGCUGGUGUGUAAUAAAUACAAUACUUAAAGCAUAAACACUUUGUAAGGCGCAGCAAAAGACUACACUUGGACAUUCAUGGCAAAGACUACUUCCGAGCUCGGCAACACACUUUAAUCUAUACACUACUGCCAUCUAACGUCUUGGAAUUACAACUGCUGUAUAACACUUGCAAAUGAGACUCAGAAGUGUAAGAAAACCUGAUAUACAGCACAGUUAUCACUAUAAGUUUGGUAUUAAAAACAAUAAAUUAUAUUCUAUCAUUAAACAACUAACAUUUGUUAACACAUGAACACACACAAAAGUACCAAACAUUGGUAUAGUUGAGUAGCAGUGUCAUUUCCAGGGUAUCAGGAAUUGGCUCAAGUAAAACUUGAACAUUGUCGACCAGUGGUUUUUGAAGUGUGACCCGCUAAGAUCAUGUCAGUCAUGCCAAAGGAAAAAGUAAUCAGA